AUGUCUCAUCGUACGUGUGUCCUGCUGCUACUGUCCGCUGCAGUAGUGGCCCUCAGCGGGGUGGAUGGGGGCCGGUCUGAAGGCCCCCGAGGAGUGGCCCUGGGCUUCGUGUUCGACCCCAAGGCGCAGUGCGAGCCCCAGUGCGCGCACGGAGGCGUCUGCAUCCGCAACAACACAUGCUACUGCUCCCGGGGGUACGAGGGAGAGAACUGCCAAGUUGCCACCUGUUUCCCUAAAUGUAAAAAUGGAGGAAUGUGUCUGCGACCGGGCAAGUGCCGCUGCCAGCCGGGCUACGGAGGGCGCUACUGCCACAAGGUGACGUGUGACGGAGGCUGUUGGAACGGUGGCGAAUGCACCGCGGUAAACGGGGUCCCGCGCUGCAUCUGCCCCUCCAGCUGGACCGGCACCAGGUGCCAGGAGGCACUGUGUCCCCAGGGCUGCAGGAAUGGAGGGGUUUGCAUGGCCCCUGGAAUCUGCAGCUGUCCUGACGGCUGGAUGGGAGGAGCCUGCCACACUGCCGUGUGCACGCUUCCCUGUCUGCACGGGGGGAAGUGCAUAUCUCCGGGGAAAUGCCGCUGCCGCCCACCGUACUCCGGAGCCCGCUGUGAGGAGAAGAAGAAGACCUUCUGA